GUGGCAGUGCAACGCAUUAUGUAGGCGUAGCACAUGGUAAUAGAAGUAGUCGUCCAUGUGUGGGCCAUUUCGUAAACAUGUCCUGGAGUUGAUAGAUUUAAAUCUACAAUUGCCUCUGCAGUCUCGUGAAAAUGGUGCGAAAAUUAAAAUUCCACGAACAGAAACUCUUAAAAAAGGUAGAUUUCCUUAACUGGGAAGUCGACAAUAACUUACAGGAGGUCAAAAUACUACGGAAAUACCAUAUCGAAAGGAGAGAAGACUACACCAAGUACAACAAGUUAAGCCGCAACAUUAGGGAUCUGGCUCGUAAAAUACGGGACCUGAACGAAAAGGAUGGAUUCAGAGCUCACAGUACAGCACUUCUGCUAGAAAAAUUGUAUACUACAGGAUUAAUCCCAACCAAACAAAACCUGUCCCUCGUUGAGAGUGUCAGUGCCUCGUCCUUCUGCAGGAGACGACUUCCGACAGUCAUGGUCCGCUUACGUAUGGCACAGAAUCUGAAGACGGCAAUUACCUUCAUUGAACAAGGACACAUCAGAGUUGGACCGGAAAUAGUCACAGAUCCUGCAUUUCUUGUCAACAGGAGUAUGGAGGACUUUGUAACAUGGGUGGACUCAUCUAAGAUAAAACAACAUGUCAUGAAUUACAAUGAUGAGAGGGAUGACUUUGAUCUUGUGGUGUAAGAGUCUACGUGCCAUGGAAUCUGGCAGAAUAAUCAGGAUGUAUUCAUUUGACAUUCACAACCAACAACCUUUUUGUUUCUUUUGCUGCUUUUUUAUGUAUAAAAAAAUAAAACUUUGGAAUGUAA